CCUGUUCGCGGAGACUUCGACAGGAUGCUGCUGCCGCCGGAACUCAGCGUUUCGCUGCGCGUGGAGCGUCCCGUGUUGCCCGUCCGGCCCCGCACGCCGCCUCGGGCUCCGUUCUGCUUCUCCCCCAGCCGCCUUCGCUUCCAUCGCCAACACGAAUUCUUUGAGGAUGGAGACAUUCAUAGACACUUGUAUCUCCAAGAUAUCCUAACAAAUGUUACCGAAGUGACCGAAAGAUCCAAGGUGUCAGAAUUCUGUUGUCAUAUUGUUGGGUGCUGCCAGGUCUUUGAUACCUUAGAGGGUUAUGAACAUCACUACAACGCACUGCACAGGAACAUGUGCUCUUUCUGCAAACGCUCUUUCCCCUCUGUGCAUCUGUUAGAUACUCACAUCCUGGAGUGGCAUGACUCUCUCUUCCAGAUAAUGGCAGAGAAGCAAAAUAUGUAUCAGUGUUUGGUAGAAGGCUGUGCGGAGAAGUUCAAGAGCAGCAAAGACCGAAAAGAUCACUUAGUCAAAGUACAUCUUUAUCCUUCCGAUUUUCGAUUUGAUAAACCAAAAAAAGCUAAAAGCAGCACCAAGCAACAGUAAGCCCUCCCUCUAAGCUGGAUGUGAGCAUGCCAAUGGAUGUGAAUGUGGAGACUUACGAGCAGUUGCAAGUGGAUUCCAUGGAAAUCUGUCCAAGUGAGAGCGUGGAGAAUCCUACCCAGCCUGUGAGUGGCCCAUUUCAUCCACUGCAGGAGAAAAGCUCUAUAAAUCCAGAAUCCCAUCAACCAUCUGCUUUGGGCAGGGCGCCAGCCGAGGAUUCAAAAGCAUGAAGAAGAAAGUAUGAAGGUCACUGGAGCAGAGUCACAAGGAAUGACAAGUAAAGACAAGCAGAAAAGGCCUUGCCCCUGAGGUUAAUAAAAGAUACAACUAAUCGUU